UCCUAGCUUGUCGGCGUGACCGGAGUUUCCCUUCCGCUGGCAGGCUGCUGUCACACAGCCAUCAUGUUAUCCCAUUCCCGGUGUCUCACCAGGAAUUUUGGCCGUUCUCUCUCUGCCAUUCGCCAGGGGAAUAAUGUGUUAGCUCGUCGGGCCACAACAGCUCUCUCAGUUAGCCAUUCAAUCACUGUCAACAACAACAACAUAAAAGCUGAUCCCCGGUCCAGCGUCUUCCAAAUCCAGUACUUCAGGACAUCUGUAGCUUACAGAGAUGAAGUUGUCACAGUUAAGACCCCUGCAUUUGCAGAAUCUGUCACAGAGGGGGACGUGAGGUGGGAGAAAGCUGUUGGAGACAGCGUCGCAGAGGAUGAGGUGGUGUGUGAAAUAGAGACUGAUAAGACAUCAGUGCAGGUUCCCUCUCCCGCUUCUGGGGUGAUCGAGGAGCUUUUGGUCCCUGAUGGAGGGAAGGUUGAGGGAGGAACUCCUCUCUUUAAGCUUCGAAAAGGAGCUGCUGCUCCCAAAGCUGCAGAAGCUCCAAAAGCCGAGGCCCCGGCCGCUGCACCCCCCCCACCACCUUCUGCUGCUCCUCCUCCACCUCCUCCUGCCUCAGCUGUGGGCCCCAUUCCCACCACUAUGCCCCCUGUGCCACCUGUGCCAGCACAUGCUAUGGACACCAAACCAGUUUCUGCCAUCAAGCCCACUGCUGCUCCAGCUGCACCAGCGGCCCAAGCGGAGGGUGGAGUUAAAGGUGCCAGGACAGAGAGCAGGGUUAAGAUGAACCGCAUGAGACUGAGAAUUGCCCAGAGACUGAAGGAAGCCCAGAACACCUGCGCUAUGUUGACUACAUUUAAUGAGGUUGACAUGAGCAACAUUACAGAGAUGAGGAAGACGUACAAAGAUGCUUUCCUGAAAAAGCAUAACAUCAAGUUGGGCUUCAUGUCUGCAUUUGUGAAGGCUGCUGCCUACGCUCUGGCUGACCAACCUGCUGUCAAUGCUGUAAUUGAUGACACAACUAAAGAGAUUGUGUACAGGGACUACGUUGACAUCAGUGUGGCUGUGGCCACGCCAAAAGGUCUGGUAGUUCCUGUAAUCCGAAGCGUAGAGGGAAUGAAUUUUGCUGAUAUUGAGAAGGCCAUCAAUUUGCUGGGAGAAAAGGCCCGUAAGAAUGAGCUGGCUGUUGAGGACAUGGACGGAGGAACGUUCACCAUCAGCAAUGGUGGCGUGUUUGGGUCCAUGUUCGGCACACCUAUAAUCAAUCCACCACAGUCUGCUAUCUUAGGCAUGCACGGCAUCUUUGACAGGCCUGUUGCAGUCGGUGGCAAGGUGGAGAUCCGUCCCAUGAUGUAUGUUGCCCUGACGUACGACCAUCGUCUGAUUGAUGGAAGAGAGGCCGUCACUUUCCUGCGCAAGAUCAAGUCAGUGGUGGAGGACCCCAGAGUGCUGCUCAUUGACAUGUGAACCCCUGUGAAAUCCAGGCUCAACCAAACAAACCACCCUACACAAACAGUGGCUAUACUCACCUGACGAACAUUACCGUAACUGCAGUUGAUGUAUUGUUGUAUUGGUUAACUAGAAAAAAGGAUUUUAUGAGAACAGUUGGGAUGUGCAAUGGACAUUUGUAAGGUAGACAGUGAUAAAAGGUUUGAUGCUGUUGUGGGCAAAUGUCUGGGUCAGGGGUUUCUGUGGUGCUGGUCUCUAGAUCAAAAAAAUAUAUUCUACAACUCAUGUGCGCCAUAUGUCAUUUUCUACAUACAACUGAGACGUUUUCAACUUAAAGUGAGAUGAAUGGCAAACAUAGACAAACUGCAUUGUAUCAUUUCGUUAUUUUGGUUGAGAGAAGAACAAUGAGCACAUAUUGGGCCAGAAACCAAGAAACAAAAUGUUUUAAAAUGUCCAAAGUGAAUAAAUCCUCUGAAUUUAUGCCAUCUGUUUCACAAAAAUUCUCGAUAUGCUGUGUACGAGACACUAUUUAA